ACAGACCUGAAUCCCUGCUGCCCCCCAACUCUCAUCUCGGCUCCCACUCGACCUGCAGCGACAGGGCGGGUGGAGUCGUUACCAACCGCUGCUGAAGACAGCGGGGAAGAGGUGCGGUCUGGAAAAUAACGGAGCGGGAAGGGCCGUCGAUUAAGCAGAGGGUUCAGAGAAGAAACCUGGAGGAGGAGGGAGCUAGACAGUAAGAGGGGAGCUGUGGCGGGUGCUGCGAGUAGGAGGGGAGAGCAGGGCAGGGUUCCGGGUGUUGACAAAUGAGUCGGGAAGAGCCGGCAAGUGAGAAGGGUGAGAAGGGCCGGGAGGGUGGUCCGGGAGCUCGGAGCUGUGGACCCGGGGACUCGGCGCUAGCUGCCCGGCUGGCGGAGGCAGUGGUGAGGGUGGGCGGCUGAGAUGGACUGGCAAGGGCGUGUCAGGGGAUGGGGACUUGGGACAGGGCCGGAGGGGAGUGAGGACGCGGACGUGGCUAAAAGGCCUCCAGCAAUGGGUGGUGCAGCACGGUGGGCACCGCUGGGUGGUGGAGGAAAAUAAGACGCCCGUGCCCGGGGCCCCUUCGCAGACCUGCUUUGUGACUUCCUUCAGCUGGUGUAGCAAGAAGCAGGUCUUGGAUCUGCAGGAGGAGGGUCUGUGGCCGGAACUACUGGAUAGUGACGGGAUUGAGAUUUAUGUCUCCGACUGGUGGGGAGCCCGCCAUGACUGUGGCUGCGAGUACCAGAUCCGUGUCCAACUUCUAGAUGCCCGCCAGACUGUCCUAGAUGAAUUCUUUGAAACACCUGACCCCAUCCAGCAGUGGAACAACAAUAUCAACCUCCAGGUCACCCAUGUGUUCUCCAACAUCAGGACAGGAGUCCGCUUUGUGUCUUUUGAACACAAGGGCAAGGACACGCAGUACUGGGCUGGCCACUAUGGAGCACGUGUGACCAACUCCAGUGUGAUUGUGCGAGUCCGCCUGCCCCAGCAACCAUAUGGUCAGCCAACCAAUGUGCCUCUCAGGAGCUGGGAUCAGUGACUGGUAUCCUUUACUGACCAAGUUCUUCUACCUUCCUGGCGUGCUGGGACCUCCUGGGUUCAGUCAAGGGCCUUGUCAGACCCUGUCUUCAGGUUCCAGAAACUGAAACUAUUUGCAGAAGAUUCUUCUGUCAACCGUACCCACUGCUGCUGCUGAAUUCGGGGGGUAUUAGGGAGUGCUCAUCCUGGGGACGGUGUCCUCCUUCCCCACCAAGAGCCCUCUGAAUGAGCCCUUGCACUCUCCAUACCAUCCCCUUCAUUGGUCUGUCCCUUUCAUUGGCCUCUUCUGUUUCUGCUUCAGGAAUUUUUCUGGUCCCUUCAGGGAAGCCCUCUAAUCAUCUCCGGGGGGCCAGCAAAGUAGCAGUUGCCCUGGGUGGUGAAUUUAACCUCCUGGGGCUUCCUAGCUGCAGAGCUGGGACCAGGCCUACAAUUCAAAGACAGCUCAGUAGCAGGGAAAGUGUUUGCUAAUGGAUGGUUCUGCGCACACUGAUUUCUGAAAAAUGGACUGGUCCCCUGAGCCCACCCUCAGUCCUCAAGGAUCUCUGUAAUUGUAUGGUGUUUAAAAUAUUUUUAUUUUGACUUAAAAAAAAAAUGAAAGGAUAUAUUAGCAACAUGUAUCUACCAAUCAUAUGUAAUAAUAAAUGUAUUAUUUUGCCAAAACUA